CCGCGCCGCAGGUCGCGGCUUGAGCUGACGCCUCUGCAAUCUUUGCAUCCCCCUUGUCCUGCGUUCGGCCGAACCACAGGAGGCUCGUCGCUCCACUGCUCUUAUCUAUCAUCUGCUGCCAGUACUCUAAGAAGACGACUCGCGGCCGACUUCCUACGGUGUCGCCCGGUGCAGGCUUGGCCACUAUCCAUCACUCACACAGCUGCAGAUACACAAUCCCAACGAGGUGGGUGCCUGCUCCGGCUGCAAGAGUUGUAUUCAUCAGCCUACUGUCGUGUAGAUGAGGACCAAUCCAGUGCCCCGCCUACCCAAGCCGAAAAGUGCAGUGCACUGCGUUUCCACUCCUGCACGCCUUCCGCCCGAGCUCUGCGAUAUGGUCAUCGAUCACCUGCAUGAUGACAAGACCUCGUUGGCAUUAUGUAGCCUCGUCUCCGCGUCCUGGCUGCGUUCGGCCCGUUACCAUCUCUUUGACUCGAUAUACAUCUACUGCGAGAAAGAAGCCGACGCCUUCCAGAAGUUCCUCGACUACCUGCGAUCCACGCCCAGCGUAUGCGCAUACAUCAAAGACAUCUGCUUUGAUGGCUUUCACGAGGCUGAUCCGGACUCGGAUGGACUUGGAGAGACCCUAGAAUCCACGUUUUUGUCCGCCAUUACUGCGCUCCUGCCCUCGGCUCACAGCUACUCUUUCAUUAACUGCCAGUGGGCGCGGUCCGAGCGCGAGCUGCCGAAGUGGAAGCAGGUGCCCCUGCACAGCCUGUACAUCAACUCCUUCGUCGCCGCGACCGAGAGUUCGAAGAACAAACUCCGGAUCCUCCGACACUUCUCGCAGAUCGAGCACCUACAUCUCGCGAACAUGUGGCUGGGGCAUUUUGGUUUCGAUGAGCAUGAUGAAGACGAGAAGGAUUAUAACGGCAGUUGUUGCUCACCCUGCGAGACACGGGUGAAAUCGAUGUCGCUGUCGAUGGCCAACAUCUGCUUGAAUUUCCUCGACCACCUCCGCACACAACCGUUCAUGAAGUCCCUGCGAUCUUUCCGCGUCGUAGAUCUCUUCCAUGCGGACUACCUGGAGGAACAUCAAGACUUGGCUUUUGUGGGUGAACUGCUUAAGGAUUGCCUGAGCUGUACGCUGCAAGAGGUGAACCUCGAAUUGCCUCGUCUUCCCGAAGGCGGUGAGUGUGCUUACCUCUACAUGUCAAACAUGCGUGUCUCUGAUGUAUAAACGUCGCAGAAUCGGCGGAAAUAUAUUCCCAGCUUAAUCUGGCAUCCUGCUUGGCCUUGACGAACGUCAUUCUGAGGAUGCCCGUGCGCCGCGAUGUCGAUAUGAUGGACGUAGAAAAUGCACAGAAUCAAGAUGAGCGUACAGACACAAACGUCGAUGCGGACCAGCCUUUGCCACCCGCGCCGGUCAUUCCACCGACUGGAUCAGCCCCAUCGAAGCCCACGCUUUUCACCGACGAAGAAUGGCGCGUGCCUCUCGUCAUCUUGUCCCAGCUCCCUGCCAGCACGAAGACCGUGACGCUUGAUGUCGAACUGGAGGGGACGAACGAUGCGGUAUAUACCCAUCUGCAGGGGCUCUCUGUCUGGCAGCAGCUGGAUAAGGUCCUGUCGAAGCUUCCCGCACUAGAAAAAAUCUCCAUCCGCAGGAUGAAGGAACAACAUACUGCGCAGUGGACGAAAGCGCAGCACGACCUCAUUGUCCGCGAAUUGCCAUCACUGCGGCGUAGGAAGGUGCUGGGUUGUCACUGGUAUGAUGCCCCUACUCGCCGGGAGCUACUGUGUUG